CGUUGUCAGCAGUCGACGACGAAACAAUCGACUAAGCAAACGCACACAACCACUCACACACAGUUUGAUUCGUCAACGUUAAAGCGAGACAACGUGUACAAAUCCUUUACAAACACCGUCAUUCGAUUGAUUCCCGUCAAUAGUUACAGUUUAAAAUCGUGUUUGCUGAAGUUCGACACAUUUGUGCGGGUUUGUUUAGGAUCAACAAAGGCUCGCAUUUAGAGAGUCAAACGAAACCAAAAAUAUAGAAGAAAUAAGAAACAGAAGAGGAAAUAGAAAAUCAGCAGAAAAAAAAGAAAGAAAAAAAAGAGAAGAACAUAGGAAAUCAAGCUGAAAAAGUAGAAAAAAACAUCGAAAAGAGCUAAAAUAAGAAGAAAAAAGGAGAGAAAAAAAAAACCAAAAGAGAAGAAAACUAAGCGAACAGUCACGAUUCGAGCAUAAAAUUGCGAGAAUCAUUUGAAUUCCGACAGUUGUUGUGCUUAAAUUGUGUCAUUCAUGCUUUGACUGUCGUCGCGUUGACUCACUCACAUUUUGUGCACAUUCACAACGACGACAAUUAAGUGAGUUGGCAUCACAGCUGUAAAUGUUUUGAAUGAUGCAAGCCCGAAUCAAAUCGACGAAACACUGUGAACAAAUCGUAUGAAUAAACAGUAUAAACAAAUCACCGAAACGAUUUUGGCCUAUGAGCUACAACAAAUUUUGUGUUGGCGCCAAGGUCAUUGCCAAAAGUGAUCUGACUUUCAUGUGCGCAACUUUCAAAACCCGCACGCGAUAUUCUCAUACAUCUUUUAUGAAUAUCAUCGAAUAAACAUCGUCUUUUGUUGUCUGCAUCGAUUAUCGAUUGCAAUCCAAGUGUUUUUCAAGCAAAAUAUUUUUACGUCGAGCAAUUAGAUAAUUGUAGAUGAGUAAAUAAGUGGCCCAUAGAACGAUUUGCGGUUUUAAGUAGUCGUUGUUUAGAUUUUAAAUCAGACAUCGUAACGAUGUCAUCGUUUAUAGUUAGUUCAUGGAUUUCGAAAUUGAAUAAUUUAAAGUAUGCCAAAAUCCAAGAAAAUCCAUUUAAAAGUAAACGAAAGUUAUUGAAAAUUAAAGUUCACGAACAAAAGUUAUUGCUCACAUAAAAAACCACCUGUACGAGAAUUUUGUUUCCGUUGAGGUCUGUGCAAAUUGUGACUGGAUUUGGUUGUGUUAGCAAAAUAGUGAAGUAAAUUGAAAGUAAACACAGUUCGAACUAAAAAGAAUGAAGAAAACACAGUUUUCAAGGAUUUUCUCUAUCAAUAAGCCUCUAAACGACGACGAAAAAGUGUAAAAAAACCUUAAAAAGAAACAUUUAGUCAUCGAUUUACACCGUUCAAAAGGUUUAUUUUAAAGUGUAGUUCCAGGCAGUGCCAUUUGCGAUUCAAAUUAAUUGUUUUUAUUCGUAAAAAGGUCCCAACCAACCGACUCGUACCUCUAAUUCAAUUUGCAUAGAGUAUGCAAAAUGCAUCGAACUUCAUUCACCUACUUAGAUUAAACAUUUCCGUUGAUAUACACAGUUUUGCUACAAUAGAACGAUAUAUAUCGUGGACGCAGUGAAUUAUUACCCGACGUAUUGUAACUAUUGUUCCCUUUUAAAGCGCCAGAUAACGACUGACACUCAGUUUAUAAAACACGCAAUUUGCAAAUAGCAAUUGCAAGCCAUACUCAGCGAUAUAAGUCAGACAUUUACAUUGAAGAGACCACACACCCUCUCUUCAUUUCGACUUCUAUUCCAUCAUUCGUAUUUUGUACGUCGCAAAAAUUGCGCUCUUUUUUUUCAGACCGAGUUUGUGAAUUUAUGUGAAAUAUUUUGCUGAACUAGCAAUUGAAUAGGAAUAGAAGAGUGGAAAAUCCCCGUAUUUGUACCAUUUGAAAAUGGUGUGUGAUGAGCACUUUAGUAUAAAGUCAUUUAGAAGCAUAAGAGUAUAGCUGUUACUCUUUAUUGUUCCUAACAAAGGCUUGGUUUAUCUUGCAAACGUUGACUCAAACCGAAAAUUCAAUUUAUCGAUUAAAAUUAGGUUUGAUUUUUUCCUGGGUAUUGUGACAUUGUGUGUUUUCAUAAGUGAAAUAUCGAUUAUUCUGCCCAAUUUCAAAAAUAACACGUCACCAGAAAACACUUGAGCUUAUUUCCAAAAAUACGUGAACAAAAAAUAGAAUUGAAAAGAGAACAACGAAAUUAUCUAUUAAAAAAAAAAGGCUGAACCAAAUGAACAGCUUGAAACCAAAUUGAACAGAAAAAAAAGACAAUCAGCACCUGAAUGACUCAUAUUGAACUGCGAACAAUACAAAAAAGUAUAUAAACAAUGGCAAACGAUGAAGUCGUUUAACUGCGUGACUAUGCCAUUGAUUUACGUGAAGUGAAUGGGCUCUCUCUCUGUGUGUGGUAUCGCCAAAAGUAGAAACAACAACAAAUUACUAUGUACAACUUAAAACGGAUUCGCUUGACUUCAAUUUAAAAUUUAAAAAUAACCGCCGCUUGUGUGUAUUCCAUUAGUCUUGAGAAUUUGACGUACCGUCACAUUGUGUGCGGUGACGCUUUCGUGACAACCGAACAAUAAUUAAAGUAUAUUUCCUAGUACUGAAUCAAUAUGACUGACAUUUAUACAAUAUUCAAUCACAGUUAUGCCUAUGAUGAUCCACAAUUCAAUGAGCUGGUUUCUCAGGCCGAAAUGGCCAUUGAACAUGGCAUUUAUCCGGAACGAAUCUAUCAAGGUAGCAGCGGAUCAUAUUUCGUGAAAAAUACCGCCGGGAAAAAGAUUGCUGUAUUCAAGCCCAAAGACGAGGAACCAUACGGUCGACUGAAUCCGAAAUGGAUGAAGUGGAUGCAUAAGCUAUGCUGUCCAUGUUGUUUUGGCCGAUCGUGUUUGAUGCCGAAUCAGGGAUAUUUAUCGGAAGCUGGUGCCAGUUUAGUUGAUCAAAAGUUGAAAUUGAACAUAGUGCCGAAAACGCGGGUAGUACGUUUAGUAUCGGAGACAUUCAACUAUCCUCGGAUUGAUCGUCAGAAGGCCAAAUUGAAGAAAACGAUUAAAGAACACUAUCCAUCGGCUCGGUUUAAUCGUAUGAGCUUACCUCCAAAGACUGGAUCGUUUCAACUGUUUGUGAAUGGUUACAAAGAUGCCGAUUACUGGUUGCGUCGUUUCGAACAAGAGCCAUUACCGCAAAAAGUGGUGGAAAAUUUCCAAUUUGAGUUUGAAAAAUUAGUCGUUUUAGACUACAUAAUUCGAAACACAGACCGUGGCAAUGACAACUGGUUGAUUCGUUACGAGCAGCCAAAAUUGAUGACCAUAGGCCGAAAUCAUCACUCACAGCCGGGAUCAAUGACAUCGUCACACUCGUCAACAUCAAAGAUACCAUUGCGAAAUCAUUAUAUUCACCCGGUUACCGUUGAUGAUCAAAUGCAUGACUUACCAUUGGACAAUGAUUUUAAUGGCGGCAUGUCGUCUGGUAGUAACAAAUCAUCGGAUAGUGCAAUCAGUGUGCAUUCGAAUAACGAAUUGAUUGGUCCAUCGUCGAGUGGCAUCGGUCAAAUGACCGACGAUGGCAAAGUACAAAAUAUCAUGGAGGACAAUUGGCACUUGGUUCAAUUGCCUAAAAUUGAAAUCGCGGCCAUUGACAAUGGAUUAGCUUUUCCAUUCAAGCAUCCAGAUUCGUGGCGUGCCUAUCCGUAUCACUGGGCCUGGUUAUCACAAGCAAAAAUUCCAUUUUCGAACGCUAUCAAAAAUCACGUGCUCCCAUUGCUGUCGGACAUGAAUUUUGUCGAGGAACUGUGCAGCGACCUGUACGAGCUGUUCAAACAGGACAAGGGUUUCGAUAAGCGUUUAUUUGAACGACAAAUGGCUGUGAUGCGUGGACAAAUUCUGAACCUAACACAAGCACUCAAGGACAACAAGAGUCCAGUACAGUUGGUUCAAAUGCCAGCCGUCAUUGUUGAGAGAUCGCGAACAUCUUCCAAUCGAUUUUCAUCAUUUACACAACGUUUCCAGCAUAAAAGCCCAUUUUUCUCAUGGUGUUGACGAACUAUGCCAUCAAUUCAGUUACACAUCAUCCUUCACACAUCAAUUUUUUAUGUUCUACUAAAGCAAGUGUUAUCCAUCGUCUUGUUUGCAUCGAAACUCAUCACUCAAACAUCAUCCGGUGAAGCAGAGACGAUGGAAUCUAUCGAUAAUUUUGUGUUUUUUCAACCAAUCAAAAAAAAAAAACUAUUCAACCAAAAAAUAUAUUUUGUAUAAAAAAAAGUGAACAGUGUUUUGUCACCGUUGUUCAAUCUGUUGUGUAAAAAAAAUCCUAUUAUUAUUAACUUAUAUCCACUCUGUAACGAUAAAUUGGCCAUCUAUAUAGGCUUCUCGCCGAAUUUUUUUGUUUUUGGCUUCUUCAUGAAAAAUAAUAAUUAUUCCUUCGCUCUGCUCAAUAAAUAAAAAGAAAUAAGAAAAUAUUGUAUACUUUAUGCUCUCCAAUUGGGAUUAAAUAUAUAUUUCAACUUAUAACUUAUGUAAA